AGUCGCAUUCGCAUUGACCAGCCCAGCCACCGAGGUGGUCUUCCAACAACUGAUAUCAUCCACCAACCCAGAUGCCCGCCCCCUUGCGUUUGAUUAUCCUUUUGUAGAACCGCGGUUCUUUCCCUGCAAGGUCGUCGUCAUGGUCGUGCUUCCAUAUUCGCGAACUCUGGCCGCGCAGCUUGUGGCCAGGUCGACCAGAUCGUUCACGCGACCCGCAACCCUCAACUCCCUAUCACGCGUCGCUUGCGCUUGCGCGAACAAAGACGGACAAACAAAGUAUCAAAGUGACUGGGUAGAUCUUGGAGCAUUCUAUCAGCGUGCUAGAUCAUAUGCAACCACUGCUACGAAGCCAGCAAGCCGUCCAAAGGCCCAUACCGGACGCGCUGCCGCCAAGCGCACUACAACAACUAAGAAGGCCGCCUCAACCUCUGCAACGAAGAAGCCUGCGAAGCGGACGAAGAAGAAAACAGUCAAGAAGCCGAAGCCAAAGGUCAAGAAAGCACCAAGCAAGACAGCCCUAGCACAAAAGGCACGAAAGGCACAAUCAGAUCUGCGCGCCGCAGCCCUCUUCGAAGAGCCGAAACAACUACCAUCUACUGCUUUCUCAUUAAUCCUCGUCGAAGAAUCGCACAAGGCGGGAGAUGUCAGGAGCCGGGCUGCUGCCGCGUCUGAGAGGUACAAGAGCUUGACUCCUGAGGAGCGCGAGCGAUACAACCAUCAAGCGAACGACAAUCGUCAGAAGAACACCGUUGCCUACAAACAAUGGGUGCAAAGUCACACUCCGCUGGAGAUCAAGCAAGCGAACAAUGCUCGCCGGACGCUGAUUCGCAAGGCCAAGGCCGAAGGGAAGAAGAAGAGGAAUAUGCCUAUUCAUGAUGACCGAAGCGUGAAGGGCCAUCGAAACGCCUAUACUUUCUUCUUUGCGGACCGUCAUGCCUCAGGUGACCUCAAGGGCAUGUCAGUGGGAGAAUCGGGCAGAUUGGUAGGCAAGGAGUGGAAGGAACUCUCGGCCGCUGAGCGAAGAUCAUACGACAGCAAGGCCCAGGCCGACAAGAACCGAUACGAGGAGGAACUCAAGUCCGUAUAUGGACUCGAUCCUCCCAAGCCUCGCACGCGCAAAGCAUCCUCAUGAGCCGCUUUGUAGCACGUAUCUCGCCGUCAAACGGCCUUUGGUGAGCGCCUGUAGUACAUUGAAAGGGUUUAUUGCGACCGACGUCAUUCAGAUCACGGUUCAGCCACAGCACAGGAAGGUGUCGCCAUCGUAGAACAUGACGGCGGCUCCAUUCGGCCAGGCUGAACCAGGUCGCUCUGUUUCAGUUCAUGCAGAGGCGGAUGGCGCUUUCCUGGGUUGGACGAUGCCGGAGCGAAUACGGACUUGCAGUGGCGCAUCUCAACUACUCGGAUUUGGACAAAAUUAUUGUACAAUAUGCGAAAGUACAGGGGUGGUGCAUUGUCAGGCGCUGGCCGGUGGCCUUCUGUUCGGACUCUGGUGGGUGCAAUUAAGAGGUCAAGGUCAAGAUUGACUUGGGGAACUCGGGUAACGAUUUUGUUAUGUCUUGUACAGAUCCAUAU